CUCUCCAUCACUCUCAGCCUAGUAUAACACCGACUACCAGGUUGAUUUUGUAACGAUAAGCAGUGUUCACUUUGGGAAACCGGUCUUCGCAAACUUUGUCCGUAGAGGCCGCUAGGUUUAUCGUCCUGCAACGCGGUGGCCACGCCGCCGGCUCCCCGGAGGCUGAGGCUGCCCGGGCGCGGCGGCCACCGCCCCCUCCCUACCCGUUGCGCCCCGGGACGCGCGUCGGUGCCCGGCCCCCGCCCGCGCAGCUGCGCCGCUCCGGAGCUGACUACGGUGACCGAGCGCUCUGCCGCGGGGCGGGCGCCGACCGGGUGGGCAGGAAGGAGCGCGCGAGCCGGGCGCUGGGGGCGUCCGCGCCGGCCAGCGGGGUCCAGCACUGGGCUGGGAAACUUCUGUGGGCGCGAGGCCGGAGCCCUGCGCAGGGCCGGGGAAGGGAAGGAAACCACAACAUAUUUAUGGACUAGAUCUAAAUCAGGAGCCCAGAUGAACUUAAAGAAGCUAGGAUGGGAUUCUUAGUUUUUCAAGAUCCAUACACACCAAACUAUUAAUCUCCAUGACUCCAGUCUCUAGACUUCCUCUGGUUUUGUGAGGACUGAGCAAAGCUCCAAUGAUGGAAAAGCAAAGGACUUAAUUAUUCGCUUUGAUAUCAUCUGCCAUCAACAGAAAAGUGAACCAGACAGUAGUACAGCCAUGGAAAGAAAUUCAAGUUUAUGGAAGAACCUAGUUGAUGAACACCCAGUCUGCACAAGCUGGAAGCAAGAGGCCGAAGGAGCCAUUUAUCAUCUUGCCAGUAUUUUAUUUGUAGUAGGUUUCAUGGGUGGCAGUGGAUUCUUCGGACUCCUUUAUGUCUUCAGUUUGCUGGGUUUGGGUUUUCUCUGCUCUGCUGUCUGGGCUUGGGUAGAUGUCUGUGCAGCCGACAUCUUUUCCUGGAAUUUUGUACUGUUUGUUAUCUGCUUCAUGCAGUUUGUUCACAUUGCAUACCAAGUGCGCAGCAUAACCUUUGCCCGAGAAUUCCAGCUGUUGUACAGCUCCCUUUUCCAGCCUCUGGGGACCUCUUUGCCUGUCUUCAGAACAAUUGCUCUGAGCUCUGAAGUGGUUACUUUGGAGAAGGAGCACUGUUAUGCCAUGCAGGGGAAAACCUCCAUUGAUAAACUCUCUCUGCUUAUUUCAGGAAGGAUCAGAGUGACAGUUGAUGGCGAAUUUCUGCAUUACAUUUUCCCCUUCCAGUUCCUGGAUUCUCCUGAAUGGGACUCACUGAGACCCACAGAGGAAGGCAUUUUUCAGGUAACCCUCACAGCAGAAACCGACUGUCGAUAUGUGUCUUGGAGGAGAAAGAAAUUAUAUUUGCUCUUCGCUCAGCAUCGUUACAUCUCCCGCCUGUUUUCAGUUUUAAUUGGCAGUGACAUUGCAGAUAAACUCUAUGCCUUGAAUGACAGGGUAUAUAUAGGGAAAAGCUACCACUACGAUAUUCGGUUACCCAACUUCUAUCAACUGUCAACUCCACAAAUGCCCAGAUCACCCCUGAUAGAACAUUUUCAGAAUUCCAGACACUAUUGUAACAAAUGACAUCAAAGCCGGAAGUUUUAUAAUUAUAAAAAAGACUCUCUUCAUCAUUCCCCAAAUGAUAUAGCAAAAUACGGAAAAUUGAGCUCACUGAUAUUUUUAUAAGUCAAACUCAGAGGCAAGAUGCCACUGACAGCUGUUUUACUCAUCUCAACUUACCAAUUUUUCUGUAUUUCUUAUUGGAAUAAGUGGGACGGGAGAAUGAAUGACUAUGAGCAGUUUGUCCUUUUCUGCAUCAGAAUUGGGCGAAUGAAAUUUUGCCAUUCUCAAGUUUCCUCAGGUUUAUUCAAACCUGUUGUCUUGAGCUAUUGAGUUAGAUGUUGCUUCCCUAGAAGCAGCCAGUUAAGUACUCUCAGCAGGAGAGUGGGUUGUUACUGUCCACAUCAGUGUCUCCAGAAUUCACUUUUUGCUACAACCUCUGAUAAAAGCAAGAUGUAUUACUGUGGUGGGCAGCAAUUGUUUAUUUUAAAUGUGAAGUUAUUUAAUGACUAGAAAGUAGAAUAAAUUCAAGAGAUGAUAAUAUGCCAAACUUGAAGACAAUUCUGUUGCUACACAUACUUCAUCAGCUUAAUCUUUACAGUAACAUUUUAAAAGAGGCAUUUCAUGGAAAAGCUGCAUAAUUACUGAGUAAAAAGAAUAAAUACUAAAAAUGUUGCACAGCAUUUUGAUUUCACCUGUUCAGUGGAAAGGGCAAGAGUGAGAGGUGUGGCUGGACAGUGAGGGACUCGGUGAAUGCCCUGCCCACCACACAAAUCCAGGAAUCUGCCUUACAGCCAGUCCUUCAGCCUUGUAAAGAAGAGCUUAAGAAAGAGACAGCCCCUCAGUCACAGAUCCGACCCCUAUCUUUGGAAAACUGGUUUUCUGAAUAUUACAUGCAGGCCAUGUUCUUUGGUGGAAAGAUAUACCAUCAUACGUUUAACACAUGUGUACUGAGCACCUACUGUGGCUCCUGGGUGUUGGGGACACAUCAGGUAACAGACGGAGAUCUCAUCCUCAUAGAGAUUACAUGCGUAUUCUGGGGGUGAGGGAGACAGGUAAUAAAAUAAAUCAGGAAAACCUAGAGUUAGAAAGAGAGAGUGCCAUAAACAAAGAGAAAUCGGAGAAGGUGGAUAGGAAGGGCUAUUGCAAUUUAAUAGGGUGGUCAAGGAAGCCCUGAGUGAGAAAAAUGGCUAGAGCAGAAUGAGCACUAGGGAAGACAACAACGGGAAUUUCGGACGGAUUAGGUGGGGCCUCGUAAGUCACGUUAAGGACUUUGACUUCAAUUCUGAGAGUGACCAGAAGCCAUUGGAGAGUUUUUGUUUUUUGCUUUUUUUUUUUUA